GGCCGGCCUGAGGAGCACCAUGGGUCCGGGGGGGCCAGGCCAUGGGCCUUUUCCUCGCGGCCUCCGGCCUCCUUCUCUGCCUCUUCUCUGGGAUCUACUGCGCCUACCGCCGGGGGGCCAAGGGGUCGCCCUUCGCACACCAGCGCCUGCAGGACGGGUCCCUCGAGGACCUCGCUCUGAACCUGGACAGCCCCAAGGGUUCGUACGACUGGUUCCUUUACGAGAUGGACGACAACAAGUUCCCGGCCCCCCUGCAGCCAGCUCAGGCCCCGCCCUGGCCCUGCCCCCCACCGCAGCCCCCCGUCCCUGCCCCACAGACACCCCCUGGGGACAAGACUCCAGGGCCUACUGGCUCCGAGCAGCCCAAGCCGAGCCCCCCAAGGCUGGAGUGUCUGUCCCCGGCUAACCUCCCCGCUGGGAACUUCCUUUGAGACCCCCACAAUAGAACCCAGGCGUCCUGGCUCCCACACCCCCAGCUCUAACCACUAGUCUCCACUCCUCUCUGUCCUGCCAUGGUGGGAGCACACAUGCCCCUCCCCCCCAGGCUGGGUUAUUUCUGACCCAGGGAGCGUCUGGAUCUGCCUCCCCAAGGGACUGGGGGGGGGCUGCCCCCCCCAGCCGUCAGGACAUUCUGGGGUUCGGCUCUUCAGUUGCUCUUAGAUCUAAUGUGGCUUGUGAGUUUAAAUAAAUGGGGUUCCCACCCCCCAACCCACCUGCCCGGCCUCCUUUGCUGGUCAGAAAAUGAGGGAGACCCUACAAAAACAAACCCGCUCUGCCGGUGCCCCUCACUCCCAACACGCAGCCCCUGCUAGCCCAGCCCUGGGCUCCCCCAAGCCUUGCUGGGGGCCCCCCGCACCAGCCCAACACUGAGAUUUGGCUGGCUGACGGCCUGGGGGCUCAUUAUCCCAUUUCACCCCGCCCCCGCCCCUGCAGCAGCUGCUAACAUCUGCCCAUCACCUCAGCUCCACCCCAGCGGCUGCUGCCUCCUUCCACCAUCGCUGGCGGGAGCCGCCCCGGGUUUCACUGCCAGAGCACCGCUGCCUGGGUCUGCCGAGAGCCUGCGCCCGGCGCUUGGGGGAGCCUCCCCGGGUGUCUCUGCCAGAGCACCGUGUGACGAAGCGGGACUGUUCUUAAUGUUUCCUCUGAAUAGUGUGGGGGUGCCUCAGUUUCCCCUAGGCAGUUCUUAAGUCUCUAGGGGGUGGGAUAAGGGUGUAUGAUCCUUGCAGAGCCCUAGAGGGCAGGUGUGUGCAGGGGGCUGGACACAGACAAUGGCCGACACCCUGUUUCCUGGCCACUGAUGGCCUGGGCCCUUCCCCCCUGCAAGGUGAGAGCUAAAGGGUUGGAGAACAAAGGACUCAGGUGACCUCCUGGCCCGGGAAAGGGACAAAGCCCAGAGGAGGGGGUUGGGGGGCUGGAGGGAGUUUCAGUUUGGGGCUGGCUGGGGAUGAGGAGUGAAGGGCAGACGGGGUUGUCUGGCUCCCUGCCCCCCAAAAUGGACCCGGCUGAGGGGUCCUGGUCUCUGCACCUGCAAGCUCUGUGUUAGACCAUGUUCCUGUCGUCUAAUAAACCUUCUGUUUUACUGGCUGGCUGAGAGUCACGUCUGACUGCGGAG